GCCGCCAUCCCGCUGCCCCCUCGGUCCCCCCGGGCCGGCCGCCCCGCCAGAGCCCGGGGUGGUUGGGGCGAGCCGCACCGUCCUGGCGCCCUUCUCUGGAAAGCUCGGGAGGCAGGGCUGUGCUCGAAAUGCCCCCUUAGGAAUGCAACCGCUGGAAGGGGUGAAAGGGCUGGCUCGGAAAAGUGGCACUCGCUAUAUGGCUAAGUGAGAGCGGCUCGGCUCUUGCCGGUGAUGCGCAGAGGUGCGCGGAGCUGCAGGUUUGGUCUGCAGCGCAGAGCGCUGGGGACGUACCCUACUGCAUUGAACCACGGUGCUGAUCCCCGGGGAGCGACGGAGGCAGCUCCCGCCGGGCGCACUGCGGUCCUGACAGCAUGGCACGAAAGCAACAAGUGUGAAAACGCAUCUGCGGCACGGGGAGCCUGACAGCGAGCAGGAGGGGGCACGGGCUGCAUCCUGCCGAGUGCCGCCAGCUGAGCCUGCUGUGGUCCCGACUGGUGUGGGGACCGAGCGGAUGCAUGCAGGACCGCUGGGGAUGUUGCAUGCCAUAGCACUGGUCUCUGCCUCGUCCGACCCCCAUGCCGACAGGGAUGAGGAGCUGCCACCGUUGGGCAAGGCACGGGGCCUGCGGCGGAGCGGGCAGGCAGGACCACGGCGGCACCGGCGCCGUGGGGCGGCUCAGCAGGCAGCGAGGAGCCCGGAGGUGCCCCAGCCCAGCGGUGCUGGCCAGGAGGAGAGCCUGCCCUUCGUGCUGGACCUGCAGAGCUUGCCCGGGCUGGCCAACGUUGACCUGAGUGCCCAGAACCCCAACAUCCAGGUGACCAUUGAAGUAGUGGACGAUCCCCAGGCUGAGAUGGAGAUGGACUUGUUGAAGGAGACGAGCAAUGACUGGUCCUUGACAUCCUCUGAGUGGCUGUCCCACAAGGACCUCUUCUGGCCUCUUUUCUGGGAAUACACUGACCCCACUGAGGAAGAAGAGGAGGAGGAGGAGGAAGAGGAUGACAAUCUGGAUGUAGGGGACAGGGAGGAGGAGGAAGAGGAGGAGGAGGAAGAAGAGGAGGAAGAGGAGGAGGAAGAUUACACAACAGCAGACUAUGAGGAGGAGGAGUCCAUGCUCAGUGGAGUAGGAGGUGACUGGGAUCAGCAGUGGCCUGGGCAGAAGAACUGGAUCUUUAAGGAAAAAUAUAAUUACGACUAUGAAGAUGAGGAGGAAUGGAGCCCAUGGUCCCCUUGCAGCGUCACCUGUGGCAGCGGCAACCAGAAGAGGACCCGGUCCUGUGGCUAUGCCUGCACAGCAACAGAGUCAAGAACCUGUGACCUGCUGCGCUGCCCUGGAGCAGAGGGGGAAAUGGUCUUCCCCACAGAGGAGACUCCUUUCAGAAGUGACAACACCACGGAGCUGUUCAACUCAGACGUGGACAGCUGCGAGAAGUGGUUGAACUGCAAGAGCGAUUUCCUCACCAAGUACCUCAGCAAGGUGCUGACGGACCUGCCCAGCUGCCCCUGCUCCUACCCGCUGGAGGCUGUUUACAGCGCCGUCAACCUGCGGGACGAGCGGCAGGGCAAGAGCUUCCGCUGGCGGGAUGCCAGCGGCCCCAAGGAGCGCCUGGACAUCUACAAGCCGACGGCGCGCUUCUGCCUGCGCUCCAUGCUCUCGCUGGACAGCACGACGCUGGCGGCCCAGCACUGCUGCUAUGACGAGCACACCCGCCUCAUCACCCGGGGCAAGGGUGCUGGCGUCCCCAACCUCAUCAGCACUGAGUUCUCCCCAGAGCUGCACUACAAGGUGGACAUGCUGCCCUGGAUCCUCUGCAAGGGCGACUGGAGCCGGUACCACGCCGUGCGGCCGCCCAACAACGGGCAGCGGUGUGCUGACAACCCGGCCGAGGAAGAGUACCUCUCUCAGCUGCAGGAGGCCAAGGAGUACUAGCCACAGCCAUGCUGGGAGGAGACACGAGGCCACGGGGCCACCGUGCACCCGGCUGCCGACAGGUCCUGCCCUGGCCCAUGCUGCAAGGGCUGGAGCCAUCCCUCGUGCAUCCUUUCCGAGCCCCAGCCCUGCUGGCGGGCUCCUUGUGGGGCUGCAUGGAGCAGGGUCUCGUCUCGAUUUGUGAGGGUGCAGGAGUGUCACUGUGUCACCCCUGCCGUGCCACCUGGGGCAGGUUCCCCCACCACUACUCACUUGUGGGCAGCGCAGAGAUGGGGGCAGGAGGUGGUGGCCAGUGUCAGGGGAAAAGGGAAAGGGCCUGCUCACGAGUAGGGCUUGGGAGUAUGCAGGGAAAAAGGAUGGCUGCGUGGGCUUCCAUGGCAAGAUCACUUUGCCUCUGUGGUUUUAGCUGUGAAAGAGAGCACUCAUUGCCAAAGCUUGAAAGAUGUGGACCUCAGAAGGAGAUCGUCAUGGGGAAACACCACAGGUCCACAUUGUAGCCUCUCUGCCUCAGUGCUCAGGCAGGCAGGGUGGCAGGACUUGUACAAGUCCCAUCGCCAGCUCUGCUCUGCAUCUCAGCUCCCCAGCAGGUUUCAGUGCUUGGGAGCAACUGUAAUAUGGCUCAGCAGAAAGUCCUACAUUUUCCUCCCACAGCAGCCAAGCCACCGCUCGUGCCAUUGCUGGAGAGGAGCAAAAAUCACUGAGCCAAGUUCCCCAUGGCAAAUGGGGACAAGUCACCACUGGGAGCACCCAGCAUUGCCCCCUUUCUAGUCUGCUGCUCACCUUCCAUCCUUCUCCAUGCUGUUUGCCCAAACCCUCCACAAGAGGCAGCCCAGAGAAAGCAAGUCCUGGUCACAUCCUGCUGCUCUCCAGGCUUGCCAGGCAAGCAAACGUGGCUCCAAAUGAGGAAGGAACACAAUGGUUAAUAUCAAUACACGGUGUCUACAGACUGUGACACUCUCCGUUGCCACUUUGGUGUUGCCUGUUUUUUUUUCCAGCUUUUCAUAGGUCCUUGGCAGUUUCUCCUAUCCUAUUUUGGGGAGCUCUCAAGCUCCCAAACUUCCCACAGAGAAAUGGGGCUGAGCACCUUUAUCUCUGGACAUUCGGUAGUUGAACAUGGCUGAAGCUGUUCACUACUUUCAUUUAGCAAGUUUUAUGAAUCAGGAAAUAAAAGAGUAAGUCAAGCGAAUGAAUGGAGUCAUUUCUAGACUAGAGAUUUCAACAAAGGCAGUUGUUUAUUCCACGCCUUUUGUGCAGAACACUUAGACCAAAAAGUGUCUGUGUAGGUUCAGAUGGCCUUGGGUUUACUGUCCUGUGCUAAUUCUGUUCUUAUUUCAGGAGCCUUCUCCAGCACGAGUGAGCAUUCAUAGUCAGAGAGCUCCUUGGGCAAUCUUUCUAGGACUAUCUUAUAUACAUUGAGUAUCCGUUGAUCCUUUUGCUUUGGUUACUAAUAGAAUAUUGCAUCCAUGGUCAUCAGUAUGUAGGACUUCAUUACUAGUACAACAAAAGUAUUAAUGAAGUUAUUGCUGAACUACUCUUGUUUAGCUAUUAUUCCAUACUUGUAUCCACCGAACUCAGUUAUGGAUACUAUCAAAACAUAAGCAGGUACAGCCCCUUUUCCAAAACGCAUGCAAUCAAAAAUGACAAGUAUUAUGUAAAAAACAAGAAGGAAGAUAGAACCAAACAGGCAUGGAUGGUGCCCCAGACCCUGGUAAAUAUUCACUACCAUUACUUACAUGCUCCCUAGACGAAGUGGUCUUUUGCUUCCUAGCUUCUUAUAAAGAGUUCACAAGGAGGUGGAUAAGAAGGGUCGGCAGUGAUAUGGUGGGUUGGUUCUGGGAGCCUGGGACUUGUGCAAGGAGGCUCACCAGCAGACACAGAGGUGUUUGUACUGGAAGUGAACAAAUCAAGUGGCUGAGGCUGUGGAAGGAUGAGCUUGUUGCCUUCUGUCAUCCAGCAGAGCAUCUCCAUAUCUCCUCCCAUACCAUACAUCAUCAGUACCAACAGAGGACUCUCAAAGGUGUUUAUUUACCAUCAGACCUUUUUGGUAAAAAAACCAACCGUAUGUUCUUAGUGACCAGUACUAGACCCACACAUGGAAGCAGGGCCUCUGCAAAUAGUCUUUCUUCAAAGAGGUUUUCAAUAGCUCAGCCAAUUCGUUAGACUGGCUGGUCGCUGAGGAAGUGCUCUUAUAAUAAGGACUGUUACCCAGGAAUUGCAUCCUCCCCCUUUUAAUACUGGGGACGUCAACCAGUCUAACCCCCCAAAAAUUAACCUAUAAUUUCUGUAAUAAAUGUAGUUCCUGUCCAAGGGCAAGUAGAAACAUAUCUUGCAUUAAGUCCCCACUAAAAUCUGUUUGAAAGCCAAGUGGCUACUCUGCCUGGCUGCCCUCAUGGUCUGGAAGAUACACGCAUGAACUGGAGCAUGAGAAACAAGAAGCAGCGUUGUUCCUCACACAAGCACCUUACACACCAGGAGGCUUUGCGGAGCACCAUAAGAAAAGUAGACAUUAAGUAAGCCUUUAUUUUUAUAUGCCAUCAAAGAUUCUGUCCAGCUCACUGCUAUUUAAAUGAUGAAUCUCUUAGCUUCCCUUCCCUAAAUUUAUUGUUUUUAAUAUAAUAUAUAUAUAUAAUUUUUUAAUUUCUACAAAAUUUGAUAGAGAAUUCUUUAUUCUGACUGCAAUAAAGCACUUUAUAUAUAAACGUGUUGCUGAUGUCAUUCAGUUAGGACAGAAGUUUAUGUUGCCAGAACAUUUGUUUUGUUUGAGCAGGAUGACACUUCACUGAGUGCUGCAUGCUGUGGGUCCCUGGCCACAGCUCUAUUGCAAGGAACCUGGUGACUUUGCUUCCUUAACUUGAAUUUGAUGGUGUCAGGCACACUUGGAAGAGCAGAGAUGCAUGCAGCCUCUUCUGAAUGUUGCAGACAGCGAUUUCCAGUUGGUCACAAACGCUCAAAGGAAUCUGAUUUUCCUGACCUGAUGGCAUUCUGAUGCUCCCAUUUCCAAUAAGAAGGCAUGGCAGCAGAGGGAUGCAAAGCAGGACACCUUCAAAUACUUUCAUAACUGUGAUUCAAAUCCCAACUCUUGAACUGUGAGGUGGUGCAGAAAGUUCAGAGCUCCUGUUUUUUACGAGCUUUGUCCAUCCCCAGGGUGUUAUAUUAUGUGGUUCCUUUAUAUGCAGUAUUUAUUGUCUGUGACAAUUGUGGCAGCUGAAGAACAGGGGUGAGUGAUGCUGGUGGACAGGGACCAUGUGUUUGUGCAUGCAUAUGUGCGUAACUGAAUGUAGAGGCUUUGUCCAUCCAUCUCUUCCCCUAUACCCCCCCAAAAAAUAACAACCAACCAAACAAAAAACAACCCAAUGUAUUAUAGACAUCUUUUGCAAAUAAAGAUUGCUGUUGCCAGUUUGGUCUAUGAUGCUUGGAAACAACAGGGCUCCCAACUUGGCAGCCGC